AUGUCACAAAAUCACAACUUAUUAGCUCAAACAUAUGAAGAUUUUUGGUGUAAGUUUUCCUCAAACUCACUUCAUGAUUUCCAUCCAACAUGUCAUCAACCUCGAAUAGUAUCAAGCAACUCGAGUACUUCGGAUGAAGCUGGUGAUCAAAUGAACAUCAUCAAUGAGAGAAAGCUAAGGAGGAUGAUAUCAAACCGCGAGUCAGCUAGGAGGUCAAGGGUGAGGAAGCAAAGACAGCUUGACGAGCUAUUCAGCCAAGUGAUGUCACUCAAGAACGAAAACCAUGGGCUCAUGGUUAAACUUAACAAGUUGUUGGUGUCCCAUGAACAAAUUAUUCAAGAAAAUGUCAAAUUGAAGAAAGAAACACUAGAGUUAAAAAAGUUGCUUAGUGAAGCUCAACUUAAUAACACAUACACUACUUUAGAAGAUUUAGGGCACUUUUUGGGAUAUAAUCUUGAUGAGGUUGUGCCUACUUCUUGCACAAGUGAUCAUCUCAAGGCUCAGUCGUUAUCCCAUAGAUCUCAUGUUGGCUCUAAUACCAACGAUUCGUCUACUUUGCUUCGAUCUGUAAUCGGUUGA